AUGAGGAGAAGACAGGAAGUGAGCGGAGCCUCAAAGCGUUCUAGAUCAAAGCGUGGGGUGGCCGGGAGAAAGGUUGGGAUACCGGGGAGGAGUAGUCAGAGUAAGGUGGCGAGUGGUCGGCGGGGUGGUGAAGAGGACGCGGAAGGAGCGGCGGGUAGGGAGAAGGGGAAGGAGAAGAGGGAGAAGGAAAAGGAGGGAGAGGAGGGAAGGGGGGGAGGGGAGGGAGGGGAGAGAAGGGAGAGAAAGGAGAGGGGGAUACGUUUGGAGGAGGAGGAUGAUGACGUGGUUCUAGUGGAGGGGCCUGGGGUGGGAAGAAGGGACGAGGAGAGAGAGGGGUGCACAGGUGUGGAAAGUGGUGCUGUGGGUGUGGGGAGCGAUGAAGGGAAUAGGCCCUUGGACGUGUCUCAAAAAUCUGUUGGUGGUGGGAGUGACGAGGGGAGUAGACGUUUAGGGUCGGCUGAAAAAGCUGCUGGUGUGGGCAGUGACGAAGGGAGUAAGGAUUGGAAGGAGAGGAAUGUGAUUUGCACCCAAUAUCCCACCGAAACGAAUAACGAGGCACCUCAUAACGGGGUGGGGAGUGGAGAGGGGGAGGAGAGAGAGGAGGAGGAAGGAGAAGGAGAGGAGAUUGAGGAGAUUAUAAUGGAGGUGAGGGAGGAAGUAGAGGAGACUGAGGAAGGGGAAGAAGGGGAAGAGGAGGAGGGAGAGGAUGAGGAGGAGAAGGAGGAGGAGGAGGAGGAGGAGGAGGAGGAGGGGGAGGAGGAGGAGGAGGAGGAGGAGGAGGAGGAGGAGGAGGAGGAGGAGGAGGAGGAGGAGGAGGAGGAGGAGGAGGAGGAGGAGGAGGAGGAGGAGGUGGAGGAGGAGGAGGAAGAAGAUGAAGGUGAGGAAGGGGAGGAUAACGAAGGAGCAAAUGAUGAGGCUGGAGGAGGGAACGAGUGGCGAGAGGUGGAGGAAGGGGGCACGGAGAACGACGAUGGAUGUCCGCAUUCCCGCACAGCCUGUGUGCAUGCUGUGCCGUAUGUCAGCCUGCUGCUGCCACACGUCACCUUCACUCUGCAUGGGUUGUGUGGCCCAGAGGAGAAGGAGGAGCAAAGGGAGCAAGGGGAGCAAAGGGAGCAAGGGGACCCAGGGCCAGACGUUGAAAGUGUGGUUCUCACCGUAGCAGCUUCUAUGGCAGCAGCGGCAGAAGCAGCAGCAUCAACUGCGAGCGCCUCAAGUGCCACCCUCCUUCCAGCCAUGUCAUCCUUCUCCUCCCUCUCGUCGCCUCUCCCCCCCUUCCACCGGUGGGCAUCAGCGUGUGAGCGGUUGAGUGCGGCAGCAGUGGGGGCCACAGAGGCCUGUGGGGCGGACAGCUGGCUCAUGUCACACCUGCUACAGCAAUCAGCUCAUUUUUCCUCUAUUGGGGAGGCGGCACACAGAGAGCUGGUGGCAGGGGCUGCAGGGAUACUCAAGCAAUAUGCCAGUGCACAGGACGAGCUGAGCAAGGCCCUGGAGCUCCUUCGAUCACAGGCUUCUAAGCGCAGGGGCGCACUUGCCAGCCCUGCUGCGAUACAGAACAUGCAGUCCCUGCUUGACAAGGUGGGUGGUGAUUGA